UAAAGCAUUUAUUCCAAUAAUCACAAUCUUUACUGUUAUUGAUGUUCAAUGUAGUGCGUACGAACCCUCUUUGAUGUGCUAGCACCAAUUCUGCAGUAUCCGAUCUACGAUAGGAACUGGCCGCAAUAUCUGAAUUAUGGUGCAUUGGGAACUAUGAUAGCUCAUAAGUUAAUUCAAGCAGUUUUAUAUCCAGACAUUAUCUUCGAUGAUAAGCGACUUAUGAAAUCCGGAUUGCAACCUGAUAUCAUAAAACAUUUACUAAAUUUUAAAAAUUGUAUAUAUAACGACUAUACGCGUCAUUUUAGUACAGAUGACAUGCCCAAGGAAAUUGUGUUAUUCUGUCUUGAGGAAUCGUAUGCAGAUUUUGCUAGUAUAAAUACAGCAUACAAAGCAUAUAAACAUUGGGUCCAAGAACAUGGUUCUGAAGACACACUUCCAGGCUUAGCCUACACUGCGAAUCAAUUAUUCUGGAUCAUGUCCAGCAUCCACUUAUGCUAUGAACCAACAUUCGAUCAUCCUGGGAAAACGCUACAAUAUUCGAAAUUCCAUGAAGCGUACAAAAAUGGCAUUCCUAGUUAUCGGAUUAAUGGCCCACGAAAACACUCGUCUGAUUUUGCUGAGGAUUUUAAUUGCAAAUGUCACACAAAAAUGGAUCAUUUAGACAAAUGUAUAACAUUCGCUUAAUUCCUUAACAGUUAAAUUUUAAUUGUAAGGCAUUAUGCGGUUAUCAAAACUACAAUUUUUUUGAAUCUGCAUUAUACGUGUAAUAUGUGGUUAGCUUGUAGUUUCGUUAAAUGUAUUGUGAACUAUUUUAUAAAUUAAUGUGGCAAUUAAAUUAUCUGUUGCCAUAAAAUAA